AUGUAUCGCUCUGACAGACUGAGUGAACUGGUCUAUCAGUGUCGUUCAGGAAACGGCCAGGACACUUCAGACUGUGAUGCCAAUAAAUAUCUCAACAGUGGCUUUUGUCUUGUCCAAGCUGCUGUGGAUGCAGCAUUUCUACGGAUCCUAACGGGAGACAGCAGUUUCCCUCAGCCUGAGAUCUCUGUACAGAUGAUGCCUAAACCGUCAUACACACCUGACACAAGCUACCUUCAAACCAUUUCUUCCAUCUACUUUGUGAUUGCGUAUUCUCCCUUUGUCUCCUACCUCACUACUAAUCUUGUGGCUGAGAAGGAGAAGAAGAUCAAGGAAAGUAUGAAAAUGAUGGGAAUGCGUGAUUCAGCAUUUUGGUUGUCAUGGGGACUUGUCUACUUGUUUGUGAUUGCCUUAUCAACAGCAGUCAUCACGGUUCUCAUGGUUGCCACCUCUUUCUUCGCCAACAGCAAUGCCUUCAUUUUCUUCCUGAUACUUUUAUUGUAUGGUAUUUCUAUCAUCACAUUUGCAUAUGUGUUGACAACUUUCUUCAACAAGGCUCAGACUGCAGGUGGCUUGGCCAGUUUGAUGAGCAUCAUCUUUAGCUGUCUGUAUCUGAUAGUAAGCCAAACCCGCACAAUGCUGCCAUCUGGCGCUGUUGUGUACAGUAUAUCUCCGGGCGUGCGCUGGCUGUUGUGUAUUCUCUCCCCUGUUGCUGUGGCAUUAGCUAUUGACCAGGCUAUAUUCCUUGACAAGCCAUUGAAUGGUGGAAUGAACUUCAACACCAUUACUGAUGGAGAUUUCCCUCUCUAUGCUCCUAUGGUGAUGCUGCUUAUAGAUGCUGUUCUGUACUUCUUACUUGCUGUGUACCUGGACAAUGUCCUUCCAGGGGAGCACGGAGCAAGAAAAAAGCCUUGGUACUUUUUGAUGCCGUCAUACUGGUGCACAAAUGGGAAGGAUGACCUAAGACUGCUUUCUCAAGUAGAGUAUAGUGAGGGUAAUGUAGAAUUUGUGGAAUCUGUCCCUGAAGAACUCAAAAACAAGACCGCUAUCAGACUUCUAGAUAUUCACAAGGAUUUCCGGUCAAAGGAAACGAAAGAGAUGGUACCAGCUGUUGAUGGCUUGUCAUUGGAUAUCUAUGAAGGACAAGUAACAUGCCUAUUGGGCCACAAUGGAGCAGGAAAGACAACUCUUGUCAACAUGUUGACUGGUCUGAUGCCACCAACCAAAGGAACAGCAACAAUUCUAGGCUUGAACAUUGCUAAUGCAAUGGACAUGCAGAGGAUACGCACAAUGACAGGUGUUUGUCCCCAGCACAACAUCAUAUUUGACGAUAUGUCGUGUGUGGAACACCUGCACCUCUACGGAGCCAUCAAAGGUGCAGCUGACCACCUUCUUCAGUCUGAGACCGAAACAGCUCUCAAAAAUGUUGAUUUGUACAAAGAGCGGAACACAUUUGCCAAGAAUCUCAGUGGUGGUCAGAAGAGGAAGCUGUGCGUAGCCAUCGCCCUUAUUGGAGACCCAAAGAUUAUUUUUCUCGAUGAACCCACUGCUGGAAUGGAUCCUUACUCUCGACGCCAUCUUUGGUCAAUUCUAAAAGAGAAAAAGGAAGGAAGAGUGAUUCUGCUUACCACACAUUUCAUGGAUGAAGCUGACAUACUGGCAGACCGGAAAGCCAUCAUCAGUAAGGGUAGGCUGAGAUGUUGUGGAUCCUCCUUGUACCUGAAAAGUAAAUUUGGUAUUGGAUACCACCUCAACAUGGUUGUGGACCCUGGAUGUGAUGCAGAUCAAGUGACACAGCUUGUCAAGAACUGUGUGUCAGGUGGAGAGCUACAAAGGACUCAUGGCAAGGAACUGGCAUACACACUUCCUCUGGAUGAGUUACACAACUUCCCAGUUUUAUUCUCGGCCCUGGAAAAACCUAACACCUCCAUCUCCACCACAGCAGACUCUCUAGGAAUCAAGAAUUACGGAGUUUCCAUGACAUCACUGGAGGAAGUCUUCCUCAAAUUAGAGGAAGAUGACAGUUCAUUUGAAUUGAAGGAAAUCACCCAGUCCCCAUCAAAGAAAUCAUAUGGAUCUCUGGAGGGAUUCAGCCAACACAAUAACUCUGAGAGCAUGACCAUGGACACUGCCUUGUCUACCGCCUGUGUAGAUCCGUCCAAACUCAGAUCACAGCAGUUCUGGGCGCUUUGCAAAGUUCGCUUUUUACGAUUGAUAAGAGACCCAGGGUCGGUAAUUUUUGUGUUGAUCUUUCCAGCUUUAUUUGUGUUAGCUGGUAUGUUAGUGAGUAAGUAUGUGUCGUCACCUUCAGCAGACACUACCCCGGUGCCCCUCUACAUUGACAAUGCCAUCACACAGUAUGCUAGACAAACGGCAGGGCCUGCAGCUACACCGCCACUUGCUGUCAAUGAUUUUGUCAGUUCUGCAGAUUCUGCAGGUUUCAUGAAUUUGGUCAGUUCUGCCUUUGUGACUGAUAACUUUGCUAACGCUAGUGAUCUGUUGUCAAGCUAUCACAGGAUGGGGGUUCAGCUGGACAAAUACACAGUCGCUGGGUCGGUGAUAACUCAGGGUUUUACUGCAGUCUACAAUGACAGUGCCAUCCAUUCUAUGCCAGCAGCUAUAAAUGUGAUGAUCAACAAGCUGCUGACAGCUCUCAGCCUCAACCCCUCCUUGUCAGUGGUGAACCUGCCCUGGCGCAAAGAUGCCUCUACACCUACCUAUGAUCAGGGUGCUUUCUCUUCUACCAUACUAGUGGCCAUGGCGUUUGUGACCAUACCACCUUCGUUUGCUGUUACACUCGUCAAAGACAGACAGUUCAAGAUAAGAAGUCAGAUGAGGGUUACAGGCGUAAAUUUUUCCAUGUACUGGGCGACCACCUUCUUUGUAGACCUACUGCAAUACUUGAUACCUGCUUCACUUUCUAUUAUAUUCGUUCUUGCCUUGCAGCCAGCCAGUCUGUCAAAUGCUGGGGCAGUGUUGGCCAUGCUCAUCCUGUUUGUAUGCUUCAUCCCAAGCAACACACUUUUUAGCUACCUGUUUUCUUACUUUUUCACUAAGUUUGAAAGUGCCCAAGGAGCAGGUGUAACCAUUUUCUUUUUCCUGUCAUUCAUUCCUUACAUUGCGGUGUCUCUGUUGGACAUGAUACUUAGGAAUAACAUUGCGUCCAUCAUUCACUACAUCUUACUGGUCAUUGAUCCUCCCUACGCUAUUUUUGGAGGCUUCUACUACAUAGACAGGGUCUACAGGAUCCACCUCUAUACCUCACCUAACUCUGACAUCCCUGUCAGCGACUACUUCUCACCGGAGUUUGUCAUGUCAUUUGUAAUGCCAAUACUACACUGUUUCCUGAGUUUCUUCCUCCUGCGGAUGCUAGACAUAAAGAACACUGGCGGUGAUGUUCGGGACGCUUUACCAUUUCUCGCAAAAAAGCGAAAUAGUCAGGUCAUCCCUCACAAGAAUGAUGACAUCAUUGAUAAUGAGGAUGAGGAUGUGACAACUGAGAGGCAUAGAGUUCACAGUAUCAAAUCCAACAGGGAAAAUGUGGCUGCUUAUGUAGAGAACUUGAGGAAGGAGUUUACGAAGGAUGGAGCCGGUGGCUGUAAAGGUUGUAAAAAGGCGUCCGAAAAAGAAAAACUCAAGGUGGUCGUCCGCAAUACAACUUACGCUGUUAAUACAGGAGAGAUCCUGGGACUUCUGGGACCCAAUGGGGCAGGCAAAUCUACCACACUAAAUAUGAUGAUCGCGGAGUUAGCUCCUACUAAAGGACAGGUUGUGAUUGGAGGAUAUGACAUCCAUUCAUGCAUGUCAGAAGCAUUUGAGGGCUUAGGGUUCUGUCCCCAACAUGAUGCAUUGUGGGAUGUUAUCACGCUGAAGGAACACAUAGAGUGCUAUGCUAAUAUCCGAGGUGUUCCUAAGGAAAAGAUCCCCGUCCUCACUGAUUACUUUGUAAAGAAUAUGAAAUUAGAUGAGCAUAAGAACAAGCAAUCCAAGAAGUUGUCUGGAGGAACCAAGAGGAAGCUGAGCUAUAUUCUGAGUAUCCUGGGCAGACCAAAGAUAGUGCUGCUAGAUGAACCAUCCACUGGAAUGGAUCCACAGUCCAAGCGCUUCCUCUGGGACACCAUCAGUAGCUGCUUUGAGGGCUCAGAACGAGGUGCUAUUCUCACAACUCAUUACAUGGAAGAGGCUGACGCUCUUUGUAAUAGAGUAGCUAUCAUGGUCAAUGGAAAGCUCCAGUGUUUAGGUGAAACACAGCACCUAAAGAACAAGUACGGAAGUGGCUACAUGUUGGAGAUGAAACUUCGUCUGUCAGGUGGCGGUGGUGCCGACCUGGAUACCAGGAUGGAAGCUCUGGAGGAGGAAAUGAAAAACCUGUUCCCUGAGGCCAGAUGUCAGGAAAAGUUUGCAGAGAGGGUGCACUACACUAUUCCAAGGAACAGUGUUCAGUCUCUGGCCACAGCAUUCACUGCUCUAGAGCAAGCUAAAGCCAAAUACAGCCUCGAAGAGUACAGCUUUAGCCAGUCUACAUUAGAACAGGUGUUCCUGCAGUUCGCUAAACAACAGAUUGAUGAAGACAUGUCAGAGGAGCCAGAGGCCAACGGGAUGGGCAUUGAAAUAUCGAAGCAUGCAGAGAAUUUCAUUCUUAAUGUGGGUGGAAACUGGAGUCACCAGAGAAAACCCGCGUGGUCAGCCCGGGCUGGUGACCGGGAUUGAAUCUGGCUAUCUUGGUGAAGACGAGCGCACUAUCCACUGUGCCAACCGUCCCAUCAUAUAGGUUACACACAAGAACAAAUAUCUACUUUAGCUUUAAUUAUCAGAAAAUGACAUCAUUGAUGCAAAAAUCAUAUUGUGAAUACAUUUUUACCAAGCAUCAAUGAUACAAAAAAUCUACCUACGGGAGACCGGGAAAAUUUGGCCUCCCCUGAUAUUUUUGUUUUUUGAGCGCAUAUUUACAACUUUAAAGAUCUUAGCGAUCUUUCUGUAAACGGAAGUUGCUACCUUUUUACUAUCAAAUGUGUAACACACUGACAGCUUCAAAUGAUAUACACAACAGCCAAGCCAGGCACUCAUUACCAUAUUGCUGUACGAUAAGAAUUUAUUGAAAUAUCAAUUUGGGCAACAGGCUCGGCCAAUGAUACUGUGGCAAGUUCGGCCCAUGUAACACACAAAAGUCGUAAAAUUGGCGGUAAAAUUCGACAUUGCAUGCUUUAUGGCAUCAUAAUUAAGCUGAAGCUGAUGCCAAUGGGGGCCGAACUUACCCAAAUGCCUGUCCGAACUUACCCCAUGGCGGAGCUCGUUCAGCCAUCCAAUCUCCCGACAGGAAAAGUUAAAUAAUGUUUAAAAAACGGAGGUGCUGCCAUACUCCCCAGAACGGGCUUUAAUAAAAAUAGGCCGAACUUGCCCCGGUCUCCCCUAUUGUUGUCGGUCUUAAUCUCACUAGAGCUUGUGUUUUAUUUUCAAA